ACUUUGGGAAAACCAGGUCAAGUAUCUGUCAAUUAUCUCGACGUUAACUUGGACAAAAUGCCUGCGGUGGCCUAUCACUACGAUGUGAAGAUCACGCCAGACCGUCCUAAGAAGUUCUAUCGUCAGGCUUUUGAGCAGUACAGAGUUGAACACUUGGGCGGUGCGAUUGCCGCAUUUGAUGGACGUGCAUCGUGUUACUCAGUUGUGAAGCUAAAAUGCAGCUCCCAGGGCCAAGAAGUGAAAGUAACAGAUCGCCACGGCCGUACCCUGAAUUACACUCUGGAACUCAAGGAGACGGAGGACUUGGAGGUCGAUCUGAAUUCGCUGAGAAGUUAUGUGAAGGAUAAGAUAUAUGACAAGCCCAUGCGAGCCUUGCAGUGUCUGGAGGUUGUGUUGGCAGCACCCUGUCAUAACACCGCCAUACGCGCCGGUCGCUCCUUCUUCAAAAGGUCUGAGCCCGGAAGUGCCUUUGAUCUUAACGACGGCUACGAAGCUCUGGUUGGGCUCUAUCAAACAUUCGUUCUUGGCGAUCGCCCUUUUGUCAAUGUGGACAUAUCGCACAAGUCCUUUCCGAAGUCCAUGACGAUCAUUGACUAUUUAGAGCUGUAUCAGAAAGAGAAAAUUGACAAAAGCACAAAUCUUGACUACAAGCGUUCUGAUAUUGAAUCAUUCCUAACGGGCAUGAAUAUAAUUUACGAGCCGCCUGCCUGUCUUGGCAGCGCCCCGCGCGUCUUCAGAGUCAACGGGCUUUGUAAGGUUCCGGCCAGCACUCAGACAUUUGAGCUGGAUGGAAAAGAAAUGACCGUUGCAGAGUAUUACAAGUCUCGGCAGUAUAAUUUAAAGUUUCCGAACCUUCUCUGCUUGCAUGUUGGGCCACCGUUGAAGCACAUUUACUUGCCUAUCGAACUAUGUCGCAUUGAGGAUGGGCAGACACUGAAUCGCAAGGAUGGAGCUAAUCAGGUGGCGGCCAUGAUUAAGUAUGCUGCCACUUCCACCAACGAGAGGAAGGCCAAGAUCAUCCGCUUGAUGGAAUAUUUCAGGCACAAUUUAGACCCGACCAUCAGCCACUUUGGCAUACGUCUGGGCAGUGACUUCAUCGUCGUGAAUACACGCACGCUCAAUGCGCCUCAGAUUGAGUACAAAAACAAUUUGGCCUCGGUGAGGAACGGUUCGUGGCGCAUGGAUGGCAUGCAAUUCCUUGAACCCAAGCCAAAGUCACAUAAAUGGGCCAUACUCUACGGCAAGAUUAACUACCUGUAUGUGGACGAGCUUCAGAAGAUGGUUAUUCAGAAGAGUCGCAAAGUCAAUCUGUGCCUGGAUGCCAAGGCCGAGAAACUGUACUACAAGGAUGAACGUGAACUAGAUGCUCAUUUCCGCUAUUUCAAAAAGAAUCAAUUUGAUGUAGUGUUCGUUAUUAUACCAAAUUUCGGGCAUCUUUAUGAUGUCGUGAAGCAAAAGGCUGAGCUACAGCACGGCAUUCUUACACAAUGCAUUAAGCGGAUCACAGUCGAGCGCAAAUGUAACGCGCAGGUUAUUGGCAGCAUUCUACUUAAGGUUAAUGCAAAACUGAACGGCACCAAUCACAAGCUACGGGAUGACCUACACUGUCUGCCAAAGAAGACCAUGUUUUUGGGUGCCGAUGUGACUCAUCCGUCGCCCGAUCAGCGAGAGAUUCCCAGUGUGGUGGGUGUUGCCGCCUCCCAUGAUCCAUUCGGGGCUUCAUAUAACAUGCAAUAUCGCUUGCAACGCUCUGCCCUGGAGGAGAUCGAGGACAUGGAGUCGAUAACCCUUGAGCACUUGCGUGUCUAUCAUAAUUUCCAACAAUGCUACCCAGACCACAUUAUCUAUUAUCGUGAUGGCGUAAGCGAUGGCCAGUUUCCCAACAUCAAGAAUAAAGAGUUGAGGGGAAUUUCUGCCGCCUGCAGCAAGCUGCACAUUAAGCCCAAGAUUUGCUGCUUCAUUGUAGUUAAGCGGCAUCAUACACGCUUCUUUCCGAACGGAGUUCCAUCGCAAUACAACAAGUUCAACAACGUUGUUACGGGAACCGUCGUCGAUCGCACCAUUGUCCAUCCCAAUGAGAUGCAGUUCUUCAUGGUCAGCCAUCAGUCGAUUCAGGGGACGGCCAAGCCGACGCGUUACAACGUAAUCGAGAAUACGGGCAACUUGGAUAUUGAUGUACUGCAGAAAUUGACAUACAAUCUUUGUCACAUGUUUCCUCGUUGCAACCGCGCAGUGUCUUAUCCGGCUCCGGCAUAUUUGGCACAUUUGGCUGCGACACGUGGACGUGUCUACCUUACUGGCUGCACCAAGUUUCGUUCUCCCCAGGUGGAGUACGCAAAGCGUUUGAUAGUGCCAGAGUUCAUGAAGACGAACCCUAUGUAUUUUGUUUAGGCAGAAAACUAACAAAAUAUCUUCACUUCUUCUA